UUAGAGGCCGAUGUUGAGGAAUUUCACAAUCGUCUUCAGCUCGAAAGCGUCGUCGAUCUGAGAACUCUCAUCAAGGGCGCAAGAAUCGCCAAACAGCGAUGGGGUCAUGCCACGCCCGGGCUGACCCCUACGGAGGUUGCGACUAUAAAGGAAGAGAAUUUGGAGACCUCGCUGUCGUUCUUACAUACUAGGGGUCUUCUUGUUACGAUUAUGGCUACAGCUUGUGCCGCAAUCACGCAGGGGUGGCAGCAGUCAACAAUCAAUGGUAGCUCUCUCUUAGGGUGGGAGGCAGAUCUUCACCUUGACCCCAAUAAUGGUCGUGAUCUGUUUGUGAUUGGAUCCAUCAACGCAGCUCCUUGGCUUUCAGGAAGUCUCAUAGGGACAUGGUUGAGCGAUCCACUCCAAGAGAAAUUUGGCAGACGCUCCGCGCUCUUCGUUGCUGCCGUUUUCUGCGUCGCUCUUGUGAUAGGAACAGCGCAUUGCAAUUCAUGGGAGUCGCUACUCGUCUGUCGAAUAUUGCUGGGUGUGGGGAUUGGAUCAAAAGCUUCAAUAGCACCUAUAUUUGCUGCAGAAGCAGCGCCCGACAGACAUCGAGGUCAAGUCUUGAUGUUGUGGCAACUUUUUGAUGCAUUUGGAAUCUUCCUCGGUUUCUUGUGUGUAUUUUUGGUAAAAGGGAGUUGGAGAGUACUCCUGGCAACUGCGAUAAUACCCGCUAUCGUCCUUCUAUUUUUGGUCUUUAUAUGUCCUGAGUCUCCGAGAUUUCUCAUACAGAGAAACCGAUAUGUCGAUGCAUACAGAAGUCUUCUGGAGCUCCGAGGAACUCCCAUUCAAGCUGCCCGAGAUCUUUACUACAUUCAUGCUCAGCUCCAGGCUGAGGCUGUCACGAUAUGGAAUCCCCACGAAGGAGACUCAUGGUGGUCAGAGCCAGAGCGACUCUAUGCCUACCAAAAAUGGAUCAAAAGAGGCAAUUUCUUCAAGCGGAUGGCGUAUCUCGCCACUAAUUCACGAACCCGAAGAGCGUGCACGGUGGCUUUGAUCGUGAUGGCAUCGCAACAACUGUGUGGUAUCAAUGUUUUAGCAUUCUAUUCAUCCUCGCUUCUCAAACCUGAUCCGAAGCACCAGAUGACCUUGUUUACUGAAGCCGUCCAAGUUAAAUGGUAUAAUUUCGGAUUUGGUCUAGCCAAUUUUCUUUUUACUUUGCCUGCUUACAGAUUUAUUGACUCUCGUGGUCGCCGACCUCUGCUCCUUAUCUCAUUGAUUGGGAUGUUUUCUAGUUUGAUCGCGGUCAGCGGCUUCUUCAAAAUCGAGAAUCCUCAUACUCGGGCAAUCCUGGUAGCAGUAUUCAGCAGUGUGUUUUUUGUCUUCUUCUACUCAAUCGGUGCUGGGCCCAUUCCUUUUACCCUCAGUGCAGAGGUGUUCCCUCUAUGCGUACGCGAGGUGGGAAUGAGUUUUAGUGUCAUGAUUAAUUUUCUUGGUCUUGGGAUUUUAGUACUUAUUGUGCCCCAAUGGACCAAGGGAUUCAAGGGGCCGGCAAACCUCCUAUUCUUCUUCUCAGCCAUGAAUGUGUUGGUGCUCAUCUUGGUUUUCUUUUUGGUUGGUCUCCGCUUCUUCUGUACUGUGCGUCAUGCUGAUAUUUCAGGUCCCGGAAACCAACUACGCGAGACUAGAGGAAAUGAACUCGAUAUGUAA